UGACUUUUGAUAAAACAUUAAGUGCUAUAUUUUUUUGUGACUUUUGAACUUGAAUGCUAGUUUGGGAACAAAAACUCGAUUUAGUGCUAUUUUUGUCUUUUUCUCUUUUAAGUCUGUGCCUCAUAUUGUCUUUCUAGAAAGCCGGCCCAAUUUGUUAAUCACUAAUGUUCAUGAUCGGCAUCGUUUCGUGAGUUAGGGUUACACCAUAGUCAUCCAUAUCCGCCAUUAGAGACGUGGUUCAAGGUUCCACCACAAUCUUCUAAAUCAGCCAUUAGAGAGAUUGACGAUUCGGUUGUUUUGGUUUGAUUAAGUCCUUUCAUUCUGAAAACUCCUUGAAAUCAAAUAUACGUGUGGAGUCUCUAUGUCGGUCUUCUUCAUGACGUUUCGUUUCUGAUUCAUCUGUUACAUUACAGGAUUAGCUGAUUCGUCGCCAUUAACAAUGUUUUUAUUCCUUGGAUCCACACUAGCCACGAUCUCUCAUUCAACACUUCUUAUCUCUCUCUCAGGCGGUGAAACUUCACCUAUAAAAACGUAUAUGUCUUCUUCCCAUAAACAUCAUCCUCACGAAUCCUAUUACAAUAGAAACUUUGGUCUUAGUAUAAUGGGUAACUCAUCUACCAUUUUUUCUGAUCUGAAGUCCGGACGUUGUUCAUCCACUGUGGAGGUCCGGCGUCUGUUGGGAUUCACGGCGUUGAGGAUUUUCUAAGCUGAUCGGUAUAAAAAAGUCAACCGACGGAGGAAAACCAGGCUUAGAUAAUGGCGUCACUCUCCAAAGUGAUAUCUCUUUUCGGCAGAUCUUAAACUAGACAACGAGCUCGCGAGACGACAAAAACUCGAGGUGGAGUAAGAGAUUGGAAACAGAGAAGAUAGGAAUAGAAGGAACAUUCAUAUCCGUUGUGUUAAAGAGACAUAAACAGAGUAGUGCGGUUGAUCUGCAUCUAGAAUUUAUUUCCCGGCACCAGUCCAUCGGCGUACUCCUUAAUCACGCAACUACAGUCAGACAACAAAAAAACGGUUUGUCUUCUACAGCUAAUGGAAGAGCCACAACCAGUCGUCAACGAUAAACUUCGCACCGUCACCACCUGUCUCCUAUGCGAAGUCGUUCAUGUCGUUCAUGUCUUCUCAUAAAUGUUACACCAAGAGCAACCAGAUAUCAUCAGGAUUCGUGAUCACUAACGCUUCGUCUCAGGUCUCGGUUCGAGGGGAAGUGCGUUAAUAAGGAGGGCUCAAUUUGUUCUGCAACCAAAUAUGGGGGUAUCCAGAAAUUUGAAAGUCUAAAGAGCUUAAAGCAUACGUACUAAUUUCAUAGCCACAGAGCGUACUGGAACUCAUCCCCUGCUUUCUGACGCGGUGAAAAUUAACCCUACUGAUGGGUUUAUAAUUGGAUCCCCUGAGAAAACAGCUGAGGGAGAUGCUGCUGAAAUGCUUGACGGAAGUGCUGUCGAGCCUGCUCUUCCACCUAUUGAACCUGUCUCAGGUGGAUCACAACAGCUGAGAAUGGACCAUUAAUGGAGGAGAAUCAGAAAGGGAAAAAUCCAUGCAUUACUCAACGUCAAUGCCUAAGAACCCUAGCUCAAGCCGAAGACCCAUGGACCUUAGCUAAAUAUGUAUUGACACUGCUCUCCUAUUUUGCUCCCUUUGCAAUAUACCAUCAGUAUUUACAGGUAGUAUCAUACGAAGAAAGUUUUUCAUUGUGUGGUCUACAUGUUGUUUAGCAUAUUCUUUGUUUUUUAUGGUUUUCUGUUUAAGGCUUUUUACAGCAAAUGUUACAUUUCUCAGAUUAAUAAAUAAUUAUUCCUCACAUACGUCCCUUAUCCUAAUACACAAUAUGUCGACGCUUUAGCAAGUCAUGUGUAAAACUCCACUAUAACAGCUAUAAACAUGCUUCGUAGAAACUUGUAUCAUAUACUACUAAAAUGGUUUUUUUUUCCGGUUGCCGUUCGCCCUAGCGCCGUUUCUCCCAGCCACAAUUCCCGAGGCCGAUCUGCUUUCAAUCCUCUCCGACGCCGGAGGAGCUCGAGCUCGCCGGCGUCGGGACUCUUCAUCCCGUCCUUGCUCAUCUGCUGUUUCGCUGGUCCGUUUUUCCUCUGCUCUGCUCGUCGACUCUGGUCCAACUACGAUGGAGCCCCCUCGCCCCGUCUCUGUUCUUACACCACCUGUUUCUCCGCUCCACCCCUCACCGUGUUCUUCUCGUGAAGCUCUGCGUUACUCAGUCGCCGGCUCCGACGAACAAACUGAUUCUGUCAUACUCCUGCUCGAUCCUUCUCCUUUUGUAGUACUGAGUUUUCUCUCUCGAGUGAACUUGUUCUCAGUGAGGUCUUUGAAGAGUAAUCCCAGAUCUAUGGUCACAGAAGACUUUGUGAGGUCUUUGAAGAGUAGUCUCAGAUCUAUGGUCAAAGAAGGCUUUCCCUUCCACACCAGUCCGGCGAAGAACAUCCUAAUUGAAUGGUACGUGUCAAACCCAGCCUUAAGGGCUCUGAUUUCUCUGCAAGAUUUGUUAGGGACUGCGAAGAUCUUGGUUGAGGAAAGAAUCGUCGCCAUACUAGUCUCUCUCCAGUACAGCACAAACCAAAACUUUGAGGACAGGCUGUUGUUAGUGAAUGUAUUGGUGGUGACUGGUUUAGACAAGGUUCAGCUCUCACUCCGACAAAAUAAAUCUGUAUUCACUGCCAAACCGUGUGUUCGGUAUCUGCUACUCCUCCAUACUUUCACCUCAUUGCCCCAGCUUCUACGGUUCAUCAACUUCUAUGUGUCCUGGCCUACAACAACGUUGAGCCACACCGGACGUGGAGAGAUGGCUUUGACAUCCAUACCGUGCUCGUUAGUGUCAACUCCAUAUAUGGAGUCAGAGAAGAUAUUUGUCCCAAUCGUCUCAGCGCCCUUCUCACUGAACAACAUGCUCUUCCAAACUUAUGAGAUUCACCUAGUCUUUUUGGAGAGCAUUGUCGGACGAUCACCGGAUGCUCCAUUCUUGCGCCUACAAUGUAUGGUCAUUGAUUGUUUAAGGAAAGCAAUGCCAGUCAUCAUUUCCACUGAGCCCAAAACUGUCACGAUGAGUCUCCUAAAAGAGUACUCUAGAACCGGAGUUUAUGGCUCAACGCUCCUUGACCAAGCCACCUUAAUGGAGUAUUAUUACCUUCUCUCCGAUCAAGCCUGCAAGCGAGCCUCAACAUCUCAUAACUGUCUCAAGUAUGCAUCUUGGUCUCGAGGUCUCCUACCUUAUGCUCCUUUGAUCUUGAAUUUGCUUUCAAGCAAGAGCUGGUUAUUUUCAGUGGCGGUAUGCAACUGCUCCCAAAACCUUCGUGGGUAUUUCAACGUCGAUCAUUCCGACUAUAAUUUGUUCUCUCCAAGAACAGUUUCAUGGAUUCAAGUGAAGUGUCUCUACGGGUCAUUUUACUCCUUGAACACAUCUAUCGUUUUCUUUGUUGUAGUUUCCUUCUGUUUUCGUCUUCCCAUUGAGUUUUCCUCCGGAUGUAAUCGUCUUAGCUCGUUUAACAUUUAGAUUAAUAUAAUCAGUUUCGUGACAAAAAAAAAACAUGCUUCGUAGAAAAAAGUCAUAACAAAACGUGAUGCACAAGUAGCUUCCAACCUAAUGAACAUACCAAAUGCUUCAUCCACUAACUCUGACCACAAAUCACAACACAAAACAAACAUUCACUAAUCAAUCCCAACAACCAACUAAUAAAAAUAAAAUAAUCUACACUUCGCACCUCAACAAGUUACACAAGAUAACAACAUCUAAAAACAAAGAAACAUUUAAAUGGGCCCCCAUCUUGUGGGGUCCUCAUUUUACAAAAAUAGUUUAUUUAUAUACAUACUAGGGGGUGUCCGCGCUUCGCGCGGAAUAUUGUUUUUAUUAUUGCUAGAACAUGAUUUUUUGGAUAAUGUAAUUAUGUUGUCGUUUUUAUUUGUUAAGAUCAUUAUUUGGUGUUUUUAGUGUGUUAUGUAGUAAUAGAUGAUAGGUUAAUAUAUUUUGUGUUUGUUUUUUCUGAAUAAUGUGUUGUUGUGUGUAUAGUACUUGUUAGUAGUGAAAUGAGCAUCUAACGUAAAAGAAUAUUGAAUUUCAAUAACUUUGUUGAUUCUAAGAUUAACGGUUUCAGUGUCAAAAUUGUAUUAUAUUUUUUUCAUAUUUUUAAAAAUUAUAACUUUUAAGAUGUUUUUUGCCCUCUUCCUAUAUUUUGACCUUGAGCCAUCACCGCCUAUGUAUUUCCUUACCUUUCUGGUGUGCGGUGCUUCUCACCAUCACCGGAAAAAGACUUACAUCUUUCUCUUGUCUUUCCUUGUCAUCUUCACAUGUGAGAUUAUAUGGUAUUUGUUGUAGAUCGGGUUUAUGAGUUUUCAGUUUUUCGGUUGAUUCUCACGGCAUUGUAGGUUAUUGACUGCUCAUCUUCUUCCUUAGAUUUCAGCUAAUGUUAGGAAAUGCAUCUUCUUGGUUGGGUCAGAGUUUAGUCGUUUUUGAUGUUGUAUUCCUCAAUGUUGGCUUACCGUCAAUAGUCACUGCUCGUCUUGAUUUUCAAGAUCUAAUUUUUGGUGUUCUGACUUCUAUGCUCUCUUUCAUAGCUCGAGGACGGUUUCAUAGUUUUCUAAUUUCGUUUCGUCUCCCUUUCCCUCUCUAUUCUCGCAUCUCUUUGCAGCUUUCAUCGCAUCUCUAGUGGUUCUCCCUUUCACCAUGUUUGCCACUCGAGGUUUGGAUAAUGUUUUCGUCCGUGCAUGUUAUAUGGGCUUGGAAGGUUAUUUCUGGUCUCAAGUUUAGUCUCUAAUUUCGUGGUGGUUGUCUUCCAUUCUCCCUCCCUCAAGUUAUUUCUUUUCUUUCCAUGUUUCCUUUGGUAUAGGUGUGCGGAAUUAGUCUCUUGGAGCUUUGGUCCAUUCUAUAACAAAGCUUUGUGGUUUUUCACUUGCAUGGCCGUGUUGUAUAUUCUUGUUUAGUUUGUGAGGUGUUUCUUACCUUUCAGCUACUAAUUGUGAUUCUGGUGCUUUAAGCAUAUAUAUAUGUUUCUGAUUCUUGGUGGCUUUGGCCUUUCGAUUAUUAUUCUCCUUCUAACCCGCUUUCUUGGUUAUUUGCGUUGGUGCUCUAGUUUCUUAUUAUUAGUUUGAUUAUCUUAUGAUAUUGAUAGUGAAAUAAAUAUAUAAUUUGUAAAUGGAAUAAUAAAAAUUAGUAAAAAUAAUAAAAUGGUGAAAGUUUAUGCUAUUUUUAAUUGUAAAUAAAUUAAAUAUUUAAAAUAUAUUUAUAUUAUUUUAUUUAUUUCUUAAAUUUUAUGGACUAAUAAGUGUGAGAAGGAUUAGAUAGUACAUAAUUAGAGAUUGAUGGAACAAAUUGCAAUAAUUUAAAAGUAAAAGGAUUUAAAAUACAAAAAAAAAUAUGAGGACACAUGUCAACAAACCCCCCUUCCACAUGUCAUAAGAAGAGAAAAAGCCAACUUUAUAUAUAUAGAUAUAUAUAUAUAUAUACAUUGAAUAUAAAAAAGCAACAUUUUAUUAUACAUAAAUUUAAAUGACAAUAACAGGUUUUGUGUAUUAUGAUUUAAAAAUGAAUAAAAAAAUAUAUAUAUAAAGUUAUUAAAUUAAUAUAUUUUUUCUUUAAAUAUAAUAUGUACUUUUUGAUCAAAAAUAGAGUAUAUGAUUCAAUCUAAGUUUUUCUAAAAUAAAAAAAAAAUAUUGAAAAUAUUUUUAGUUUUAUUUUCAAAAAUGGCCCCCGAAACUUCAUAACCGGCUCUGCUUGUUGACCAAUUAACACUAAAUGAUAUUAUUGGUUGAAUUGAAUUGUGAUGUGAUAAAUAAAACAAAACAUAAUGAAAUGGUCACUGAAUAUGUGUGAAAUUUGCAAUGGUGAUGUGAUAAUAAUAUUAUUUUAAUUAAAUCAUAAAAUCUAAUAAAUAAUAACAAACAUAAAAAUUAUAAAGUUUAAAGUUUGACCUAAAAUAAAUACCAUGAGUAAGUCCGAAAUUACAAAUUCAUCAGCAAAUUUAAACCACCUUUGAAAAGGAAAUACUAAGAAAGUGGAGAUGACAUCUCAGCGGAACGUUGACGGAUCAGCGGCGACAAAAUAAAUCUAAUGGAGGAUAAAAGGAAACUUUUUUUUUGUUCUUGGGAGAUAAAAAGAAGGAAAAUUGUGAAAAGGAUUACGAGGAGCAGAUGGUAGAGAAUAUGACGCCAUCUCGGAGGCAGUGGAGGAUGAAGAGUUGAUUUCGAGCUAAAAAAUGGAGAAACUUGCUGCACCUAAGAAGUAUAUCGAAGACCGUUACAACAAACGCAUGACAUGAGACACAUAAAGACUAAGGCUCAAGGCCAAACACUUGGUGUGAUUUUGAUUGAAUUCACUUACCUUUUUGUGUGUUUGUGGUUUUCAUGAUGAGUCAAUAUAACAAUGUGUCAAGGUUGCUUAGAAAAGACAGGAUAAAUCUUCAAACUAUUUUGAUUUCCAUGGGAAGGUUCUUAUAGCUAUUGUAACUAAAGAACAUAUUGUUUCGCAUGCUGAAUGAUUGAGUGACCUCUCUCUAUAAAUUGUUUGAUGUUUUUAUUACAUUUAAUGCUAACACAACUUUCCUUUCACGAAUUUUUAGAAUCAAAGUGCAUGGUCAAUAUUUUCAAUGUUGUAAACAGACCUUAACAUGUUCAAAAGGGUUUGAAUGCUUCAAGGUUAAAAGAAUAAACAUAGAGUCUUUAGAUAUUGAUCUUUAGAAUGAAUCUUUCUGUAAUUGUAACACUCCAACCAAGACGACUUUAUAUAGCUAAAUUGUCCUACAACAGCCAAGACGACUUUAUAUAGCUAAAGAACAAAGACAAAUUUCUCAUACCUUACCUCAAAUAAAUAGUCAUCCCACAUAAGAAGAAAGACGACAUCCCGCGCGAAGCGCGGACCGCCCCUAGUAUAUAUAUAUAUAUAUGCCACUGUUAAAUUCCACACUUCAUAGUAUAUGAUAUACAAAAUUAUAACGUAAUUAUUGGUAAAUCCCAAAUAAAAUGAAUCAAUUUCCACAAAUUAUAUGACUGAAGAGGUCAUAAUGUAAAUAUUUGCAAAUGUAAAAAUGAAUUAUCAAAUAAAAAGAAGUAAAACACCAACAAACAUAACAAUGAUUCUGAAAAUCAAGAUUUUUUUCAUUACUUAUAUAUAAUGUAUCAUUCUAAUUUUACCUUUAAAUUAAAUUCAAAUUAAUUUUAUUAUUUUUAAAAUGAAAAAUAGAGUGAUAAAUAAAACAUAAAUACAAACAUAGUUACUUCAUUUUUGAAGUAAUAAAAUAAAAAUAAGAAUACAUUAAAUAAAUAUUAUGUUUUCAAACAAAGUUUAGGUUAAAAUAGAAUGAAGUUAGAAAAAUAUUUGUAAGACUUUUUCAUUCCGUCAAUAUAUGAUAUGAGCUAUCGACGAGAGCCUCACUAAUCUGCCCACACCGACAAUCUGAGCUAUCAAUGACUCAUGCUUAUUCAAGGAGCAUAUCUGACCAACCAAGAGGAUUUUCCUUGAAUAUUUUUCAAAGACAACCAACUCAUCAGAGCAUCAUUGGAAAUUAGAAUCACCUGAAAAUAUUCACGGACUAUGAAGAUAUGAAUUUUUUAAGACAGAGCAUUACUACAAUACUUGAUGGAUUGUAUCUUCAAUAUUUCAGUCCAAUCAAGUCUGACAAUGAAUGGGCUUCGAGCAAAAUCAUCUAGGAUGGAAUAUGGCCGUUGAAGGUGAUUUGCUUGGCCUUACAAAGGAAGUUUGAACCUGGACGGUUUAAGAGGAUAAGUAAGCUUCUACCACUUGAAGCUGUUGUAUGGAUGGAAUAUGUCCAGACCACCAAGCAAAUCACAUUGUCCAGAGUCAAGCCUAUAAAACAAAGUCAUUUCUACCUUUGUAAAUCACCUUUUCAGUCACAAAAAGUUAAUACAAGUUCGUUUCUAUUUUUUUCUAAGGAUUCAAUAUUUUAAUUAAAUCAAUUGUCAUUAAAAUUCAAGUGUGAGAUGCGCUUCAGUUCUAUUGAUUUGUGAACUACAACCUGUUUGUGUGAUUUAAGCAUUCCUGAUUCACAGAUUAAGCGAGUCAAUCAAUCCACCGAUUAAGCGAGUCAAUCACCUAUCCAUCGGCCAAAGCUUCAGAGCAUUAUACAACUUCAAGUUUAGCUCCAUUGCAUCCAUCAUUCUAUAACGUCCAUUUUUUGUCUUUUUAUUUUUCUGUUUAUUAAUAUCCUUCUUCAGCUCAUUUAUUUCCUUUUGUUUUCGGGUUAGUUUGGGGUUAAAGAGGUGUAGCUCGACCAUCGACCACCGAUCAUCACCUCUCGACCAUCGUGGUCGUCCAUCACCAUCAACCAUUAAACCUCCGGCCUUCUGGGGCUGUAUCAAUAUAUGUCUCUGUGAAAACUAACAAGGUAUAUUCGUCAAUAUUGUGGACCACUUUUGUGAUGUGAUUGGUUUUUUCGUAUUCUUUAAGUGAUCUAAUUGUAUCGUUGCAAACCUAUGUCCUUCAAUAUGAUUCAAACAGUAUUUUCAAGAUGGUAAACGAUAUGACGAUAGAUAAUGGCAAAGUUUUUUUUUUUUUUUUUUUUUUGGGACAAUCUCAAACAUCACAGGCCAGAUAAUGGCAAAGUUUAAUUUUUUCUUUAGUAAAAAACAAAAGUCAAUUUGUCUUGUGUUUGCAUUUUAGACUUUUUGUCUUUUUAAAAAACUUUUUAUCUUUUGUUUUUACCGAUACUAUUUAUUAGUUUGACUGAAAAUAUGGUAACUGGCAAAGUCCCAAUUCAGCCAUAAUCACUUCAAAAUAUCUAGUUGACAAAAACAACAUAUAUUUCCAUAAUUCAACAUUCGAUUUAGGUAAGAACAUAUUUUGGUUUAACAGUAUGUACAUACAAAUUUCGACAGAAAAAAGAAACUAAAAUUAACGGAAAAUAUUUUUACAAAAAAAUAAUAGUCAAAACAAAGAGAAGAUGAUAAUGUGAGGCGUGCCUUCCACGCCUUAGUGCUUUUUUUUUUCUUUUGCUAUUUUGAAAUCUUUGUCUGAUGAUGAUCAUCUCUUCUGUCUCUUUCCCUAAAACUAUUUUCUGAAUGUUCCUUUUCAUUUCCUGAAAAUCGUACCUUGGUGUGACAAUGAUCUUCAGAAUCUAAAGAUUAGGCUUCAUUAAUCUCUCCUCAAAAUAUAAGUUAGCGUGACAAUGGUGGAUGAUGAUAAAGCCUCCAAUGACUUUUCUUUACUACCUGAUCUGAAUGACGAUUUUUCAACACCCUUCACCAGUAUCGAAUUCGAUUCAUCCAUUCUUGAUCUCAUAAACUUGGAAGAUGGAGGAGAGACACCAAAUCUCUUACCAGAACAUAACCCAUUUCUUGAGUCUGUGAAUACAUAUCAAGAAGAUGAAGACCAACAUUUUGCUGUUGAAGCAGAGUCUCCAAAGGUUUAUAUUGCACCAAGAACCAUAAUAAACCAUCAUGACUCGUUUUCGCUAGACCCUAGAAUGGACACCAUCGAAGAUGCAAGGAUUAGCUUGCCGGACUCACCUAGAGGAAGCCAAGAUCUCACCCUCUCACGUCUUAAAGUUCCUGGUUCACCAAGAGCUCUCGUGCUUCCGAGAGCAUCUGGAUCUCCACGUUUCGAGUCUCCCACGAGUCCUGCUUUGAUCGAUACCGCUGCACCGUUCGAAUCCGUCAAGGACGCAGUUUCAAAGUUUGGAGGAAUCACAGAUUGGAAAGCACAUAAAAUCCAGACAAUAGAGAAACGUAAGACGGUGGAUCAAGAGCUUGAGAAGAUACAAGAGGAUAUGCCUGAGUACAAGAAACAAGCGUUUGUAGCGGAAGAGGCGAAACAGCAGGUGGUGAUGGAGCUUGAGAGGACAAAGAGCGUCGUCGAAGAGCUAAAACUGGAGCUAGAAAAGGCUGAGAAAGAGGAACAACAAGCUAAACAAGACUCUGAUCUCGCGAAGCUGAGAGUGGAGGAGAUGGAGCAAGGGAUAGCUGAUGAGUCUAGUAUUGCAGUCAAAACGCAGCUUGAGGUGGCUAAAGCGAGGCAUGUGUCAGCUGUUUCUGAGCUAGGAGUUGUAAGAGAAGAGAUAGAAAUGGUCUCUAAUGAGUACGAAUCUCUGCUGAAAGAAAAAGAAAUGGCAACGAAAAAAGCAGAGGACUCUGUUUUGGCAGCUAAAGAUGUGGAGAAACAGAUGACAGGUUUGACAAUAGAGGUGAUUGCCACCAAGGAGUUGUUGGAGUCAGCGCGUGCAGCUCACCUCGAAGCUGAAGAAAAGAAAUUAGAAGCAGCCAUGGCUCGGGACCAGGACGUUUACAACCGGGAGAAAGAACUGAAAAUGGUGGAAGAGGAGAUCGAGAGGUUUAGACAAGAGAUGCAUGCGUCAGAUGAUGUGAGAAUCAAAAUAGAGACUGCUUCUGUACUUCAGCAAGAUUUGAGGGCCGAGAUAACAUCUUACAAAGAUGACAACAUGAUGAUCGGAAAGAGAAACAACAGUGACAUACAAGCAGCGGUUGAUUCCGCAAGGAAAGAGCUUGAACAAGUUAAGUCCAAUAUUGGGAAAGCAAUCUCCGAGGUGAAAACACUGAAGAUAAUCGUCGGAUCAUUGCAGUCUGAACUUGAAAGAGAGAUGAAAGAUCUCUCUGAAACCAAACAAAGAGAAGCUCUUUCAGUUCAUAGAAACAGCAAAGAAGUAAGAGAGGAGAGAUGUUCAGAAAUAGCCAAGAAGUUACAAGAAGCUAACAAAGAAGCAGAAGAGGCAACGUCACUAGCCUUAGCUGCUCAAGAGGAACUGAGAAAGGCGAAGGGAGAGUCGGAAGAAGCGAGGGCAGGAGUCUCUGCAAUAGAAAGUCAGUUAGUUGAGGCGAAAAGGGAAAUGGAAGCGGCAAAAGCUUCUGAGAAGUUGGCCUUAGCUGCGAUAAAAGCAUUGCAAGAGACUGAAUAUGCUACAAAGGUUGAAGACAUUAGUACACCAAGAAGUAUAAUAAUAUCCGUGGAGGAAUAUUAUGAGCUAAGCAAGCAGGCACAUGAGGUAGAGGAAGCAGCCAAUAGAAAGUUAGCAGAGAUCGUCUCUCAGAUCGAGGUGGCUAAGGAAGAGGAAUCAAGAGUCUUGGAAAAGAUAGAGGAAGUGAAUAGAGAAACAGCUUUUCAAAGGGAAAAGCUAAAGGAAGCAAUGGACAAAGUAGAGAAGGCUAGAGAUAAGAAGGUUAACACGGAUCACGAAUUGCGAAAAUGGAGUUCAGAGAACGGGAAGAGAAGCCCCAUGUCUAGUCCAGAGGGUGGGGACAAGGAGAAUCAUGACUUAGGCAAGUCGAAAUCGGCUUUGCAUUCAGCAAGAUCAUUUGCAUUUGGUGAAGAAGGAAGCAACAAUGUUGGAGAUAGUAGUAUUGUGACACCUGAAACAAAGAAGAAAAAGAAGAGGUUUUCUUUGCUGCCAAAGGUCUUCAUGUUCUUGUCCAGAAAGAAAUCGAACAAGUGAGCCGACUCCAGUUUCUUACAGGUAGGUUUUACCAUCCAUUUUUCGACUUAUUUUGUUUGUAUUUCAUUAUCGAAAUGGGUAGCAGAAUAUCUAAAUUUUAUACAUUUCUAAAGAAAAGGUGGUUGGUUAGAUUUCUUGUACAUAUAAAUAAUUAACGGUAACUAGUACACUUGUCGAGAAGUAUAUCGAAUUUCGCUAAAUCAAAUGUUCCUAAGAAGCAAGAAUUGA